CGCUCUUCAAACGUCAUCCGGAGAAUUUUGUUAAGCUUCUUUGAUAUAAUGGCGUCUAUUGUGACAUACCGCACUCCUUGUUCAGGUGACCAGCAUGGCGUUUACCAACAUUUCCCAAACAAACACAGUCAUCAGAGUCCGCCACUGGUAAUCUGCAUUAAGAAUUCUUACUAUGAUGAUAACACUGUAUAGUUAUAGUUGACGUCAUUGUAUGCUAUGUACUUGAUGGCGGUAAGGCCUUAAAUUGACAUUUGACAAGUUUCAUCGCAUAUUAUUAGAUGCGACACGAACAGACUGCUUUAUGGGAUUCAGACGAAUCGGCUGCACGAAAGUUGGAGGGUCCAAUUGUUGCUCAGGCCAUCCACAUGUUUUUGCCCGCUAGGCUGUCACUCUCCGCAUACCCCUUAGGGGGCCUCAUAUUUUAUUGCAAAUCACCGCAUACACGUACACAUUGACUACAAGGGUUAAUGUUUGUCUUUUUAUAUUACUUCACAUAAGAUCCCUGUAUGUGGUCUAAGCUCGUUGCCAUUUUACAUCCGCUCCGUUCAAGCUUCGGGACGUUAAGGCUCUCCGUUCGGGCCUGACCAUAUCGAGUUCAGGCAACCCACCCACUCGAACUACUCCGCGAAGACCCAAUAACCUAGCGAAGAAAUCUAAUCUCGGUUAUUGGUGGAUUGCAUAACGAGCGAGCUCUACUUUCCAUCUCAGCGGCGACUUGCAGCGGAGGAUCAAGAAGCUUAUGCUGCAGCCACACAGUUUGUAAAUCUACCGACGCUCAGGAAUGUUUGUACUGCCAGAAUGAUAUAGCACAGUCCUGGGGAUCAUGGCGUUCAUCGGCAACGCUACACGCUACUCCA